AUUGGGAAUCGAGGGAAAAAUCUUCACAUUCUCGCAUGGAAAUCCCACAAAUUUCCUGUCCCACCACGGCUCACGUGGAAAUUCAGAAGACGCCGAUCUUUCUCUAUCAAUUCUCCUCCUCGAAUCUCAAUUUUCAACUGUUCAAAGUUUCUCAGAAUCUGUGGAUGUGAUCCGUCCAGCUCCAAAACCCUAUUUGAACCCGUUGAAUCCCCUCCCUCCAAUGGCUGCGGGCCAGACGCCCCACACUGGCUUCUAGAAGAGAGUCCCAGAAAUUUCAUUUACAAACGUGUACGCAACAAGUUCUAAUUUGUUGUAGAGUUGUUCAUCGUCUCCGUUUCAAAUUUAAUUCUCAUUGCUCGUUUUGAUUGAGCUAGAUUUUUUUUUCUUUCUCCCUUUAAUGGCUCUUUCGAUCGCUACCUCUGCUUCUUCUGCUACUCUUAUUACCUCUUCGUUAUAUGAUGUGAAAUCUCGCAGAAUAGUCCCCUUUGUAAUCGCCGCGGAUCGCAGCCCUAAUUUUCUGGCGAGAAAAUUGCCUAGUAGGGCAGCAGCUCUCAGGCCGGUUCGAGUAGCUGCGCCUCCAACGCCGCCCUCGACGGCAGAUUCCGAGAAAUCUGCGGUAGAGAAUUCCGAUGAAGUGGAAGUGGAUGAGUCGGGCAAUGAGAGCUCGUCUUCGCCGUUUUCUUGGAGAGAUAAUUGGUACCCUGUUUCCCUAAUUGAAGAUUUGGAUCCUGCUUUGCCAACCCCGUUUCAGCUUCUGGGUAGAGAUAUCGUUCUUUGGUUUGAUAAAUCGAGAGGCGAGUGGGUCGCUUUUGAUGAUAAAUGCCCUCACCGGCUUGCCCCUUUAUCUGAAGGGCGGAUAGAUGAAGGUGGCAACUUGCAGUGCUCAUACCAUGGAUGGUCCUUCGAUGGGUGUGGAUCUUGUGUUAAAAUCCCUCAGGCAUCAUCAGAAGGCCCAGAAUCUCGGGCUCAUCAGUCGCCACGAGCAUGUGCUACAAGGUUCCCUACUCUGGUCUCCCAAGGCCUUCUCUUUGUUUGGCCUGAUGAGAACGGUUGGGAAAGAGUCAAUGCCACAGCACCUCCAAGGCUCCCUGAUGACUUCGAUAAGCCUGAGUUCUCAUCCGUUACGAUUCAGCGGGAUCUAUUUUAUGGUUAUGAUACACUAAUGGAGAAUGUCUCAGAUCCUUCCCACAUUGAUUUUGCUCAUCACAAGGUUACAGGGAGGAGGGAUCGAGCAAAACCUUUACCUUUUAAGUUGGAUUCUAAUGGUCCCUGGGGAUUUUCUGGAGCAAAUAAGGGGAACCCAAGGAUCAGUGCUAAGUUCGUUGCUCCGUGUUACUAUAUCAACAAAGUAGAGAUAGACACUAAGCUUCCAGUACUUGGCGAUCAAAAAUGGGUAAUAUGGAUUUGCUCCUUUAAUGUGCCAAUGGGUCCUGGAAAAACCCGUUCUAUUGUAUGCAGUGCUCGAAACUUCUUCCAGUUUUCUAUGCCCGGUCCUGCUUGGUGGCAGGUGGUCCCUAGAUGGCACGAGCAUUGGACGUCGAACAAGGUAUAUGAUGGUGACAUGAUUGUGCUUCAGGGUCAGGAAAAGAUAUUUUUGUCGAAGGCCAUGGAAGAUUCGACAGAUGUUAACAAAGAAUACACUAAAAUAACAUUUACACCCACGCAAGCAGAUCGGUUGGUGCUGGCAUUCCGAAAUUGGCUGAGGCGGCAUGGCAAGGGCCAACCAGAAUGGUUUGGGGCUAGCAGCCAGCAGCCUCUACCGUCAACCGUCCUAUCUAAACGUCAGAUGUUGGACAGAUUUGAGCAACACACACUCCAUUGUUCCUCAUGUAGAGGAGCUUAUAAGUCAUUUCAGACACUGCAGAAGCUGCUAAUUGGUGCAACUGUAGUUUUUGCAGCAACGGCCGGUGUCCCGUCUACUCUGCAGAUACGUAUUCUUCUGGCGGGUCUCGCACUCGCAAGCGCUGGGAUGGCUUAUGCUUUGUUUGAACUCCAAAAGAAUUUUGUGUUCAUUGACUAUGUUCAUGCUGAGAUUGAUUAGCGAGAUUCUACAAUUCUAGGAAUGUAUAGUAAAUUUUAGGAAUGUAUAGUAAAACGAAAUUAGGGAUAAUUCUACACUUUCUUUUCUUGGUCCAUGAGAUUUCAGUAAUGUUUCUAGAUAUUUAAAUUUUAMAAUUUCGUUACGAAGAAAA